GUAAUCUUCGGAAUACAAAACAUUUUAUGAUAACGAAAUCCUUAACAUUUGGGUAAGCUUUGAGCGUCCCUUCCAGUCAUGGCAUGCCUGAGCUCCAUGUACAGGAAUAAAUUUGGCCUAACGAAUUUGUCAAUGACAACCUCGCCAUUGAGGCCGCAUUGGCGGUUUAACAGCGCCCGCAGCAAUUUGCAGCCUCCAGAUGUACAUCAGCUUGCGGCCAAGGCUCGAAUCUCUCUAACACCCAAACAGGUUGAAGAAUUUGGUCCCAAGAUCGGACAGGUUAUUGACUGGUUUGGCCAACUUCAAGAUGUUGAUCUGGAAAAUGUUGAACCUACAAUUCAAGCUGACAUUGAUAAUCCAAGCAAUCUGCGUCCUGAUUCACCUAUCAUUUUUGAAGACAGGGAGGCAAUGCUUGCAGCUGUUCCAGUAUUAGAGAAACCUUAUAUUAAAGUUCCAAAAAUUCUCAAGGAUAACAUCGAGUAGCUUAUUCUGAAUAAUGUAUUUUGUUGAAUUUCUAUAUGUAUAGAAAUCUUUUGCUGUCAUGCUGUAUCUUUAGUUUUUUAAAAUAUCUUUUGCUGUCAUGUUGAAAAUUUAUAUAUUUGAACA